AUGUCUCACAAGGGCAAGAACAGCGCCAGCUCGGCAAAGGGCAAGAAGCCCUCAAAGGCCGGCGCGGAGAGCAAAGGCGAGGAUGUGCUGCAGGCUGUGGUGCUCGCAGACUCGUUCCAGGACCGAUACAAGCCGUUUACGGUAGAGACGCCGAGAUGUCUUCUGCCGCUGGCAAACACCCCUCUGAUCGAAUACACGCUCGAGUUCCUGGCCAUGAACGGCGUCCAGGAAGUCUACAUCUACUGCGGCGCGCACACAGACCAGGUUGAGGACUACAUCGGGCGCUCUCGAUGGGCGUCGUCGUCAAAAUCGUGCCCGUUCUCGGUGCUGCAGUUUGUUCGGGUCGCCGAUGCGCGGUCCGUUGGCGACGUCCUGCGCGACAUGGACAAGCGGUCAUUGGUGGACGGCGACUUCCUCCUGGUGCACGGCGACAUGGUGUCGAACCUGAUCCUGGACGGCGCCCUGGCCGCGCACCGGAAACGAAGAGAGGCGAGCGCCGCCAACAUCAUGACGAUGAUCCUGCACAGCGGCGGGACCGAGGAGCACAGGACCAAGACGAAGGGCAUCACGCCCGUGUUCGUCGUGGACACCAAGACGCAGCGCUGCCUCCACUACGACGAGAUGAACCCGCUGCAGAGCGACCACUACCUCUCCCUGGAUCCCGCCAUUGCCGACGAGCUGUCGACCGAGUUCGAGGUGCGAGCCGACCUGAUAGAUGCGCAGAUCGACAUUUGCACCCCGGAGGUCCUUGCCCUGUGGUCAGAAAGCUUCGACUACGAGCUGCCGAGGAGAAACUUUUUGCACGGCGUGCUCAAGGACUGGGAGCUCAACGGCAAGAUGAUCUACGCCGAAAUCUUCGAGGACGGCUAUGCCGCGCGGGCAAGCAACCUGCAGAUGUACGACGCCAUCAGCCGUGACAUUCUCGGCCGAUGGACGUUUCCCUUCAUCCCCGAAAACAACAUCGUGCCCAAGCAGGCCUACAAGAAACACAGCAACAACGUGGUGAUCGAGACGGGCGCCUCCCACGCGCACGACGCCAAGCUGCAAAACUCCGUCAUUGGGACCGACACGAGCAUCGGAUCCGGGAGCAGAGUCAUCAACAGCAUCAUCGGCACCGGCUGCAAGAUUGGCGCCAACGUGACGCUGGAGAACUCGUACGUCUGGAACGGCACGACCAUCGGGGACGGAACCGCCGUCUCGCAGUCCAUCCUCGCGGGCAACGUCGUCGCCGUCGCCACCGCCUUCGUCCGCCGCGCCGUCGAGCUCGCCAGCCCCGAGCACGGCGGCCUCGACCCCAGCAAGGCCGCCGAGCGCGCCCUCACCGCCUGCAGGGGCGCCCCCAAGUUCGUCAGCGAGGUCGGCGUCGGCGGCGGCCAGGCCGCCCAGGUCGACUUCAUCCUCGCCCUCCAGCGCGCCCUGCAGCACUACGCCAAGGGCGGCCAGCAGGGGCAGGACCAGCAGCAGGGCGGCAAGAGCGCCACCCUGCUGCCCGCCAUGCUGCAGCAGCUCUACGCGCUCGACAUCCUCGAGGAGGAGGGCAUCCUGGGCUGGUGGGCGGAUGCGCGGGCCGUGGACGGCGAGGCCAUGGCUGGGCUUAAGGAGAAGUGCAGGGUGCUCGUUGAGUGGUUGGAGAAUGCGGAGGAGGAGGACGACGAUGAUGAGGAUGAUGAUGACGACGACGACGAUGAUAGUGAUUAG